AUGGAACGAAAGAAAUGCAAGUCCUCCUACUAUGAUUGCAAGAUUAAAAACCUGAAACAUGUUAAGCCUAGGAACUGGUGGAGUGCAGUUAAAAAAAUAAGUGGAAUGGAUACAAUCACCAAAUCUGAUCUUCGCUCCAAUUUACAAAUUGAUGACCUCGAUAACUUAAGUGAUAUCGAG